AUGAAUAUAACAGAAUCAAACAAGAACGACGACAAAGAGAAAAAUAAGGAAGGAAAUGAUGAAACAGAUAAUUCAAAUUUAAAGAGAAAAAAUGAGGGCUUUUUAAUUAGAAGUUUUAAAAGGAUAAAACAUAAAAUCAAAGGAGAUGACGAUAAUAAUGAUGAUGAAAAUUAUGAUAAUGAUAAUAAUGAUGAGUAUGAAAAUAAAGAUAUAGUUAUUGAUGAGGAUAAUAAUAAAAAUAUCGAAAAUGUUAAUAAAAAUGAUGAUAAUAAAAAUGGGGAACCAUUAAUAUUAAAUGGGCAAUCCUAUAUAGAUGAAUCACUAAAAAAUGAUAUGAAUGAAAAUUAUAAUUAUAAGUACAAUAAGAAAAGUAAAAAAGUAAUCUCAGAAGAUUAUGAAAACGAAGAUAUUGAUGAAAAGAAAAAGAAAGAAAGAAAAGCUGAGGAUAUUAAUAUUAAUAAAAAAAUUGUUAGCAAAAAAUCAUCAAAAAAUGAAUUCAGAAAUAUUCAUAAAAAUGUCAAUAAAGAUAGAACGGAUUAUAUUAAAGAAAAGGAAGAUAAUAUUAACAAACGAAUUGAUAGAGAAAAGAAACAUAUUAGAAAAAGUUUAAAAGAAAAAAGAAUACACUAUAAGAAAGGUAAAAAAGAUAGACGAGAUUUUGAAGAAGAUGAUGACGAUGAUGAUGAAGAUGAUGAAGAUGAAGAUGAUGAUGAGAAUAAUGAUGAAAUGAAAGGUUUUAUUGUAGAUAGUGAUGAAGAAGAUUAUAGUGAUGAUGAUAGUAGUGAUGAUGACAGUGAUGACGACAGUGAUGGUGACAGCGAUGAUGAUAGUGAUGAUGAUAGUAACGAUGAUGCUGAUAAUGAUAAUAAAAAAUAUAAUGAAGAUGUUGAUGAUAUAAUUAGGGAAAAGGAAAAAAAGAAAAAAAGAAAAAUGAAGAAAAAGAAGAAGAAAAAAAAGAAAAAGAAAAAAUAUGAUUAUUUUGAAAAUAAAAGUUUAGAUGAUGAAGAUCUAGAACUUAUUGCAGAAAAUACAGGUAUACAAGUAAUACGAAAUGAAAAAGAUACUAAACAUAGAAGAUUAAAAAAAAUUAAAGAUAGUAAUGAUGAAGAUGAUUCUUAUGAUCAUUUAUCAAUGAAUGAAAAUAAAACUAAUGAAUUAAAAGAUAAAGAUGAUUUUAUAGAUGAUAGUGAAAUCACUUUAAGAAAAAAAAAAGGAGAUAUAAAUAAUAAUUUAUUUAAUUAUGCAGAUAAUUUAUCUGAUACAAGAGAAAAUGAUAAACAUGGAUUACAAGAAGGUGAUGAAGAUUUAGAAGAAGAAGAAGGAUAUGGUAUCACAUCUGAUAAUAUUUAUAAAAAUGAUUCAUAUAUACAUAAUGUUAUUACUCAAACAUUUGGUGAUAUAAAUGCAGUCUUAGAUAUUAUUAAUGCUUCUCCUUCAAAAAAAAAAAAAAAAUAUGAUUAUGAAGAUGAUGAAAUAGAAAGUGAUUAUGAUGACGAAGAGGAUCAAGACUCUAAAGAUAUUAUAGUGGAUGAUGAAUAUCCUAGUAGAAAAAAACGCAAGAAUAAAAAAAAAAUGGUUAGCUUUUUUGAUGACAUUAAUGAAAGUAUGAAAAGGAUGGGAAUGGAUGAUGAUGAUUCGGAUUAUGAAAUAGAUGAAAAUGAAAAAUAUGAUGAUCAAGAAGGUAUGGAAGAAAUUGAAGAAGAGUAUGAUGAAUAUAAUGAAUAUGCAGAAGAUGAUUAUGAAGAUGAAGAUGAAGAAGAUGAUGAAGAAGACGAUGACGAAGACGAGGAUGAUGAAGAAGAUGACGAAGAAGAAGAAGAUGAUGAUGAUAAUAUAUACGAACAAGAGUAUAACAAAAUAUAUGAGCAUGAAUAUGACGAUUUUGAUGAAGAAGAACAUGCAAGUGCACACCGUUUGGGAGAAUUAUAUAAGGAAGAUGAAGAAGCAAAAGAAGAUAUAGACAUGGAUCAUAAAGAUAAAGACAAAGACAAAGACAACGACACAUUAGAUAUAGACCAAGAUGAUACACAAAAGGAACGUAAUAUUACUGAGGAAGAAAAUCAGGAAGAGGAUAAAAAUAAUAUCUUAAGUAUUGAAGAUGAAUCACAAGUUGUAAAAGAAAGUAAAGAAAAUAAGAAUCUUUUUGAUGAUGAAAAUAAAAUUGAAAAAAAAGAAAAGCCAAAAAAAAAGAAAAACAAAAAAAAGAAAAAACGAUUAGAUUUAAUAGUAUCAGAUAACUGGAAAAAAAUUGCAGAACCAGAUGAAGCUUUAAAUCAAUUAUUAACCAAAAGAGAUGAUUUAAUUAGAAAUACAGACAUGCCUGAAAGAUUUUUUAAUAUAUAUAAAAAAAGACAAAAGAAAUUAAAUAAAAAAAUGUUACUUAUAGAAUCUAAAUGGAUAUUACAUAAAUUGAAAGAAAAAUAUCCAACAUAUUUUACAUAUAAAAAUUUUGAAAAAAUUAUUGAAGAAACAUAUAAUAAAACAUAUGAUAUAAAUGUAAACGAUUUCUUGAAUGAUUCAUUUUUAUUAAAAAAAUGUAUAUUAACAUUACAUAUGCUUAUAAAGUAUAAUAAUGAAAUACCAUAUAUUAUAUUUCAUAAAUCAUAUUUAAUAUUUCCACCAUUUAAUAUAAAUAUGUUAUGGGAUAUAUAUGAGCUAGAUCAAAGUUGGUAUAAAACUUUUAUUAAAGUAAGGAAAUUAAGUUGUAGAUUAAAACGUUUAAGUAAAGCUAAUAAUAUCCAUAUGGAUAUUUUCGACAUUCUUAAUAAAUAUAAUGAAAUAUAUUACGAGGAUGUCAAUAUAUAUUAUUAUUAUAUGAAAAAUAAUUUGCUAAAUACAAACAAUAAUAAUAAUAAUAAUAAUUAUAGUAAUAAUAUUAACAAUUUUGAUGAUAGUCAUAAUAAUAAUAAUAAUCAAAAUAUAUUAUCUCUAAAAAAUAAUGACAAUGAUAAAGAUUUAUUUGGUGAAGAUAUAAUAAAUAAUGACAAGGAAAGUAAAGAAAAUAAUAUUUAUAUGAAGGAUGAUUUAUUUGGUGAAGAUAUAUUAGUAGAUGAAAAAAACAAAGAAAAUAAUAAUAAUAAUGAUGAAUUUGAAAAAAACAAUAUAUUAGAUAUGAAUAAGAUCAAAAUACAUAGUGAUGAAAAGGAGGAUAAUAAAAAUAAUUUAUAUAAUAAAUUUAAUGAGAGAAAUAUUCCAGGUUUACAAUUUUUAGAAUAUGUAAAAAAAAAUAAAUUUAAUAUAUGGGAUGAAUAUUUAUUAACUACUGAAGAAUUUUAUGAAAAUAUAUGUUAUUUAUAUAAUUUAAUAAGAAAUGAGAAGAUAUAUCCAUCCGAAAAUAUUUAUGAUGAUCAUGAAAAAAAUAAAUAUAAUCAUAAUAAAGAUGAUUAUGAUAAUGAUGAUUAUCUUAAUAAAGGAGAAAAAAAAAAAUUAAAUAAAAAAGAAAAUUUAAAAAUCUUUAAAUAUAAUUGUUCAAAAAUAAAAAAUAUGGUAUCUAAUGUACCAGAAAUAUAUAUAAAUGAUUUAAAUGUAGAAAGUCAAAUUGAAGAUUGGUGUAAAUCUUUUUUUCCUAGAGAAGUAUCAAAUAAUAAAGAAAUAUUUAAAACAUUAAUUUGUUAUUAUUCUAAAUUAUUAGCAUCUCAUCCAUGUAUAAAAUAUAUUUUUAGAUUCUUUUUUUUGAAAUAUUCAUCUAUAACUACUGUAAGUACUAAUAUAGGAGAAAUGAAUGUUGAUAUAUGUAAUAGUGAUUAUUUUGUAUAUAGACUUUAUCGUUUGCCUAUAUAUUAUUUAUUAACGAAUGAACACAGGAAUCAAUUUCUCUUAGAUCAAAAUGAAGAUACUUAUAAUAAUAGACGUGAUACUAAAAAUUCAUAUCGUCAUAGUAAUUAUUCAAAUAAUUACACAUCUGAUUAUACUAAUAAUUGUACUAUUAAUAAUGAUGUAUUACCCUCUUUUCAAGUUAGCCAUGAUCCAUGUUAUAUACACAAUUAUAACUUAAAUUUUUUUAACACACAAUUAGAUGAAAGCAAUAUUCCUAUAUAUGCUAAAAAAAGAGAACUAGAAAAUUAUUAUCAUAUGCAUAAAUAUAAACAUAUCUAUCUAGAGAUAUUAAAAAAUAAAGAAAAUAAAUUAGUUGAUAUUAUUAUUCAUCCAAUCCUACCUCAUGAAACUGUACCCUGGAAAAGUGAAGAAUAUAAUGAAAGAGAGAAAAUCAAAAAAAAAAAAAAAAAAAAUGAAAGAGAUAUUAAAAAUUCAUUUGAAAAGGAAAAAAAUAAAUUAAUUAAAGCAGAACAGUUAGAUAGCGAAUGGAUAAAUAAUAUUCUUAGACAAUUAUCUUAUGCCUAUUGUUAUAAUGAUAUGGAAAAUAAUAAUAUUUUUGUAUAUAUACAAAAAAAAAUAUUAAAUAAUUUCUUAUGUGUAGAACUUUUACCAUUAUUUAAAAAAAAUCUAGAACAUUUAUUGUUAUCUAGUGCUCAGAAUUGGCUAAUGGUAUAUAUACAUCAAUCUUUUUAUUUAACACUUAAUGUAAAACCAAUAAAAAUAUUCAAAAAGGAUAUUAUUAGGAAUAAUCAAGAGAAAAUAAAAAAAAAAAGAAAAAAGGAAAGUAUUAAAAAUAAAGAUGAUAAUAAUAAUAAUGAUGAUAAUAAUGACGAUGAUUAUGAUGAUGAUGAUAAUUACGCUGAUGAUGAAGAAUAUUCAUCAGAAAGUAAAAGUAGAGCAUCUUCAACUUCAAAAUAUGAAGACGGUAUGUUGAAAAUGGACUAUAAUUAUAAGAAGGAUAAAAAAAAAUAUUAUAGUGACGAUUCUUACCAUAGCGAUAUGUCAGAUCAUUAUAAAAAGGAUUAUAUGGAUGAUAAACAUAAGGAAAAGAAGAAAAAAAAGGAUAAAAAUAAAGUUAAUGAUAAAAAUAAAAAUAAAAAUAGCAACAACAACAACAAUAACAACAAUAAUGACAAUAGUGAUAAAAAUAAAGAUAAUAUUAAUGACAAUAAUAACAAGGAUAAUAUGAAUAAUGACAUUAUUAAUAAUGAAAAUACUAAUAACCAUAGUGAUAAUGAUGAAGAAAAAGAAGAAAAAAAAAAAAAUCAAAGUGAUGAUAAAAACAAUGUAAAAUAUUCAAAUAAAACAGAUUUAUUCCAUUCAACCUAUUCAUCUGAUGAAUAUAAUUCUGAAGAACAGAACGAUAGAAAAAAUGAAUUAAAAAAUAAAAAAAAAAAAAGUAGUAAAAUGUACAACGAAGAAGGUAAAAAAUAUAAGAAAAAUAUAAAUUAUGAUAAUUAUUCAGAUAAAUCUGGAAAAAGCUACGUAUCUAAUAAAAAUGAUGAGGAUAAAAAAAAUAAAUCCUUAUUAAAAAUUAUGAAGAAAAAUCAUAAUGUAUAUGAUGUUAUAUCAAUAGUGUGUGAAUAUGUUCAGUAUAAUGUUAGGGUACAUCUAAUGGCAUGUGAUAUUUAUGGUGAUAUAUUAAAAUAUAUUUAUUUAGAUAAUAUAUAUACAGAUAUAAUAAAAAAAGAAAAAAUUCCUAUGGAAAAAGAGAGAAUUGCUCAUGAUUUGAAAAUAUUGAAAACUUUUAUUAAAACAAUAAAACCGGAUAUUAUAGUUGUAGGUAUUAGAGACGUACCAUCAUAUCUUGUAUAUUCAUAUAUUCUAAAUAUGUUUAAUAACAAUAUGGAUAGGAGUAAUAUAAAGGAGGAAAAUGAUAAUAUAUAUCAAAAGGAUAAACAUGCACACAAAUAUGAUGAUCAUAAAUAUGAACGUAAUGAAGAACGUGUAAAUAAUCUGAAUAAUAAUAAGUAUCAUAUAAUCGCUGAAAGUUUAUAUAUUCCUAAUUUAGUUACAAAUAGUUUAAAAUAUAAUAAAGAAUUAGUUGAUAAAUAUACAAGAGAAGCUUUGAUGUGUUUAUCUCUUUGUCAUUAUGUACAAAAUCCAUUAAAUGCUAUUUUAUCUUUAUUUGAUGAAGAUAGUAAAAGUAUGUUGAUUAAAAUAUGCUUACAUGAUUUACAAAAUUAUAUUUGUAACUAUAAAUUGCAAUAUUUAUUUGAAAGAGUUAUGAUUGAUGUAGUAAAUAAAAUAGGGUGUGAUAUAAACUUUUUAAGAAAACAAAAAAAGAAACAUCUUGAAAAUUCAUUAAAUUAUAUAUGUGGUUUUGGUUUAAGAAAGAGAGAAGAAUUAAUGAAAUUAUUGCAUAAUACAAAUUUAAAUACACGUGAAGAUCUUUUAAAUCUAUCAAGUAAUAAAAAAUUUAUUGGAAAGUGUGUAUAUAGAAAUUGUUCUUCUUUUAUUAGAAUUAUAAGUAAUGGAGAUGAUUUUGUUGAGGCUUUAGAUAAUACAAGAAUUCAUCCAUCCAAUUGUUAUCACAUUAUUUAUGACAUGUUAAAAAAUACGGUAGAGAAAAAAAACAGUUUUAUGAAAAAUAAGGAUCUCUAUGAAUUAGUAAAUUAUUUAAUAGAUAAAAAGAGAUUGAUCAAACAUAUAGAAAUAAAAGACUAUGCAAGGAAGUAUUACAAUCAAGCAAAUAAUAAUAAAAUUAACAAUAAUAAUAAUAAUAAUGGAGAUGGAGAUUAUAAUAACAAUAGUGAUAAUAAUAGCAAUAAUAAUAAUAAUGAUAAUAAUAAUGUAAGUGGUGAUGAUCAUAAUAAUAAUAGCAUUUUAAUUAAAAAUGAUACGAAGAAAAUGUUUUAUAAUAAGAAUAAAAAUAUUUAUUUGUAUCCAUACUUAAAAUUUAUAAAAAAUGAACUACUAGAACCAUAUAAAGAUUAUCGUUAUAUAUAUGAGAAAAAAAAAGAAGAAGAAUUAUUUUAUCUUAUUAUUAAUGAAAAGAAAGAAAACUUAGUUGUAGGUUCAGAGGUUGCAUGCAAAAUUAAUUAUAUAAAUAAAAAUAAUGGCUAUAUUGGUAUAUCUAUAUUACCAUAUAACAUUAGAGGUGUUAUAAGUGAUUCUAAGGACUUUUUAAGACAAUUAAGAAAUUACUAUAAUGAGAGAAUGAAUUAUAUAAAUUCUAAUAUGGAAAUAUUAAAUUCAUUUAAUAAUAAGAAUAAUUUUAUGAAUCAUAAUAAUAAUUUAAAAGAUGCACAAUAUAUUAAUAAUUCGGUUAUAGGAGAAGUUAUAAAAGGUAGAAUAUCAGCUAUUAAUUAUAAUUUAAAUAAUAAAUUUGAAACAAAUUUUUAUGUAGUAGUAACAGAAGAAAAUAUUCGAAAAAUAAAAAAACAAGUAUUUUUACAAAAUAUGAGUUAUCCAUUUAGUUAUGAAAAUUUAUCACCACUUAUUGAAUUAGAUAUUAAUUAUGAUAAUAAUAAUUUUAUACAAACACAUUUUAAAAAAUUAAAUGAUAAUGAAGAUUUUGAUGAUUUUGUUGAAGAUGAAAAAAAUUUAUUUAUUAAAAAUAAAAAUAAAUAUUAUCAAAAUAAAAAAUUUAUAAAUCAUCCAAAUUUUAAAUUAUGGAAUUAUCAAGAAGUAUAUACAUAUUUAAAACAAAAUAAUAUAUCUAUAGGUGAAUCAAUUAUAUAUCCUUCAAAUGAAAUUAAUAAAUUAUAUGUAAUCAUUAAAACAUGUGACAAUCCUUUUUAUAUUGUUAAAUUCACUAUAUAUGAAAAAAAUAUACAACAACAUCAUAAUAUAACUAAUAGAAAUACACAUCAACCAAUUCAACAAAUAUAUUUAAUUAAUAACGAACAAUUUAAAUCAAUAGAUCAAAUAGUUACAAAUUUUUGUGAUAACUUAAAAAAAAAUCUAUUAGAAUUAUAUAAUCAUCCUAAAUGUAAAAAAAGAAAAUCAUUUGAACAAGUUCAAAAAGAAUUAAGUCAAGAAAUGAUACUUAAACCAGAUAAUAUUAUGUGGUCUAUUAUACCACCUAUCAUGCCAGAAAUCAAAAAUAAUAAUAAUAAUAAAGGAGAGAAAAAUGCUAUACAAGAUUUUAAUCCUUUAAGAUUUACAUUAAUGGUCAUACCACCAAUUAAACAUCAACAACAUCUAUAUUCAAAUGUCCAUUCUACUUAUGAACCCAAAGAUUUUAUAGUACUUCAUGAUUCAAUAUAUGUUGAUCAUAAAUCCUUUAAAUUGUGGACCAGAACUGAAAAAAAUUUUAAAUAUCUUAUUACCUGGUGGAAAGAAAAAGGAUAUUGGAAUCGUCAAAAUGAAAGAUUAGAAUAUAUGAAUGAAAAGAAAAAAAAAAUGGAAGAAUAUAAUAAAAAACUUAAAGCUGUCAAAAAUUGA